AUGGUUCAUAGUUUUCAUAUUGGGCAUUCAUACAGCGAUCGAAAUGUGAAAAUUUUUCCUCAUUCAGCUAAAGGAGAAUAUGAUGAUCCGUAUGAUCUGAUGAGCACUGCUAACGCAUUAAUGCAUCCUUCGCAGUAUGGUUUAAGUGGUCCUGGUUUAAACGGUCCACACCUUAAUUAUUUAGGGUGGUUACCAAUGGAUCGCAUAUUUUAUUUUGGAAGGGAUGGAAGGCAGAAUCAUAAAAUCCGUGUAUCAUCGCUCAGUGUGCCACAUAAAAAUACAAUGCACUGGUUGUUGAUAAUGAUUCCCUAUGAUCGCGAUGAUCCAGAAAACGUUUUUACCGUCGAGUUGCGGACUCCAAUUAUGCAUGAUUCGGGAAUAAAACAGGCAUCGAUCAUAAUCCACAGAAUCAGCCAAAUUGGGUCUAGUUAUUAUUCAAUUAUUAUCACACAUUCUAACGAAUUUUAUGAGCUUACAGAAGGCACUGAAUGGGUGCAUUUUAUCGAUUAUGAUAGCACCGGAAAAUAUCAAUUUAUCCGACUAUCAGUGGUGAAAAUAAAUUUGACUGAACACUACGCCGACCUGAAGAUCAUUUCGACUUUUGAUCCUGUAAGUGUACCAUGGUUUAGCAUAAAAACAAGUGUGUAA